GCCAUGCUUUGCCACCGGUAGCUGUAUCGCUCAACACCACCUCAUUCCGACUGAUAUUCAAAUAUGGCCAACCUCUUCGAAGGUAUAUUUCACUUGAUCCAGGGAUUCUUCCAAUCCAUCUUCGCAAUCAUCCAGAGCAUCUUCCACGUCAUCUGGUCCAUCUUCUCCGGUGUCUUCCAAGCUGUAUGGGGCAUCCUUGAGAGCAUCGCAGACCUGGUCGGCGCUUCGGCUCACUUCGUAGCGUCGAAUAUCCUUGUCCUCGGUCUCAUUGCACUCAUCUACGUCCUCUACCGAGACAGAAACCGACCUGGAAGCGCCGGAAACGAGCUUAAGAAGAAGGUUCAAUAACCUGCCCAGAGAUCAGGAGGGGAGACGGUCGCCCGACCUAAGCGCAGUCUCAGACUCGUAUCCCCGUGAAGACAGUGUCUAGUGCUGAGAGUCGGAGCAUGAACGGGAGUUAUACACGUUGGUUGUGGGACGUGAGGAGUAUCUGUAGAAUAUGUGUCGGGAGUGAAUGUAUACCUUGAAAGGCUG